CCCAGGGCCCUUCUCUGCGGAGCGGCUGAAAGCCCGGCCGGAGGGCCCCCCUCCUCCAGCCCGGCCCCAGGCCCCAGCUCGGGGCCUCCUGGGGGGGGCGCGUCUCAGGAGUGGACUGAUGUGCGCUCCUCUGCUGGCUGAUGACGUGAGCAGCUUGCUGUCCGUUUGUACAUUUUCCUUUGAGACGCGUCCCGCAGACCCUUUGCGAUGGCCCGCGUUGAAAGACACCAUUAGAGGUGUUGCCGGCUGGGGGCGGAGGCCGUGGCCACGGGCUGGUCCCAGUCUGGGCGGGCCGAGGGGCCCCUGGGCCGUUUCCGGGAGCGGCAGCCGGCCUCCCGGGCCACAGUUUCACUUUUGGGUCUGUGACUUGCUCAGAGGCUUCCCGGCACAGCCCUGCAGGGAGGUCUUGCUUCACAUCGCGGGCCCAGAGCCUGAGGCGACGGUCACGCCCUGAUUGCAGAACGCCUGAGCCAUCCGUCCCCAUCAGGAGCAUGGCAUCGGUCUUCGAAAGCGUGGCCAAGAGUGUGGUCCGGGAGCUGGACCCCAAAGGCGGGCUCAUCCCCGUGGACAGCCUGUGGAGCUCCAGCAGCUUCCGGCCCUACUGCCUGCUGGCCAGGAAGCUCUCCAGCUCCUGGUUCUGGAAACCCCGCUACCAGUGUCUCAACCUGUCCAUCAGGGACAUUCUGGAGCCUGAUGCCCCGGAACCAGAUGUGGAACGUGAUAUCCCUUUCCACAUCAAAGACUGCGUGGACGGGGAGCUGCAGGUCAAAGUGGAGCUGAAAGCGCUGGGGCAGGGCAAGCUCGCAGGCGGGGCGGCCGCGUCAGCCUCGGCCAGGGCCUCCGUGAGCGCGCUCCGGCUGCGCGUGCCGCCCCGCGCCUGGGAGGCCAUGAGCAAAGAGAGGCGCCUGCGGCGGCCGGAGCACAAGAUCCUGCAGCAGGUGCAGCGCUGCGGGCGGGACCUGUUCGUGGUGACGGAGGUGCUGCAGACUCAGGAGGACUUGGAGGCCACCCGGGCCUGCAAGCAGGAGGGCUCUGGCCAGUUCUCCCUGCCCGGAGCCCUACGCAUGCUGGGCCAGGGCCAGGGCCACCUGAACCAGGAGAAGACGGUCACCAUCCCCUCAGGCAGCACCCUUGCGUUCCAGGCGGCCUUGCUGGUCAUUGGACCUGAUUGGGAGAUCUAUCACAUCCCGAGCAAGAACCAGAGGACCUUCCCGCUGCCCAAGAAAGACCGCAAGCCCGCGAGCGGCCUCCUGUCACACAUCUCCCUCAGCUACUUCAAGAUGCGGCUCCCGUCUGCCUCCGCGGACAUAGUGUCAGACGGGGACAUUGAGGACCAGAUGCCAGUCACGGAGGACUUCCAGGGCCUGCAGGUCGAGGCGAAGGUCCACGCCGACGGCCUGAAGGACCUGUCCAGGGAGCUGUGCGGGCAGAUGCUGGCAGGGCUGGGGCAGGCGCUGCGAGAAGAGCAGGCUCUGGAGGCCCUCGAGGAAGCGCUGGAGCAGGGCCUGUGCUGUGGGGGGCCGGUGCCCCCGGAUGCGCCAGGGGGUGCCAUCCUGGAGUGCCUGGUGAGCUCCUCCGGAGAGGUAGAGGAAGAACUUGCCCGCCCCAUCCUCUACCUCGUGCAAGCACUGACUGGGCUGAGCGAAACCCAGCGUGUACUGCUCGCGGAGGCGCUGGAGACAGGGGACCUGUCCAGGCAGCUCCAGCUGGUGCACAGCGUCCUGGAGCAGAGCUCCCCCUGGCAGGAGCGCAGGGCUGUGUCCCUGCCGCAGGAGCUCCUGGGGGGUAGCUGGGACUCCGAGGCACCUGCGUGGGUCCUGCUGGAGGAGUGCCACCUGGAGCUGCAGGAGGACGUCCCCCAGGUGUCCUGGAGGCCGGAAGCCCAGGGCCGCACGUGUGCCCUCUACUCCUGCCUGGCACUGCUGGUGCCCCUG